CCUCCCUCCUUUUAUGAUUUUAUCUCUCCAUUUAAAAGCCGACGCCCUUCCCAGUUCCCCCCAAAUCUUACCGGAGACACCGUAACAGACACCAAUCCAAACCCUACAGAGAAGAGAAGAGACCUAUCGAAGAGAGUGAGCGAGAUGUCAGCGUCGACGGCGAGGCUAGAUCUAGACGGGAAUACUAUAAAACCGAUAACAAUAUGCAUGAUAGGAGCCGGAGGAUUCAUAGGAUCGCAUAUGUGCGAGAAAUUGAUGUCGGAAACGCCGCACACGGUGUUCGCGGUGGAUGUUCAUAAUGACAAGAUCAAACACUUACUUGAACCGGACUCUCUUCCUUGGGCAGGUCGUAUUCACUUCCAUCGAAUCAACAUCAAGAACGAUUCUCGUCUCGAAGGCCUCAUAAAGUCCUCCGAUCUGACAUUAAAUCUGGCGGCCAUAUGCACACCAGCGGAUUACAAUACGCGUCCUCUAGACACUAUCUACAGCAAUUUCAUUGAUGGUCUUCCAGUGGUAAAGUACUGUUCUGAUAAUAAGAAGCGGCUGAUUCAUUUUUCUACAUGUGAAAUCUAUGGGAAAACAAUAGGUAGCUAUCUUCCUAACAACAGCCCCCUGAGACAGGAUCCUGCAUAUUACAUCCUGAAAGAAGAUACAUCCCCUUGCAUUUUUGGCUCAGUUGAGAAGCAAAGGUGGUCUUAUGCAUGUGCAAAACAGUUGAUGGAGAGGCUAAUCUAUGCCGAGGGUGCAGAAAAUGGUCUUCAGUUCACCAUAGUCAGACCUUUCAACUGGAUUGGCCCGAGGAUGGAUUUUAUUCCUGGAAUCGAUGGUCCCAGUGAUGGUGUUCCUAGGGUUCUAGCUUGCUUUAGUAAUAAUCUUCUGAGGCGUGAACCUCUGAAGCUUGUGGAUGGUGGUGAAUCACAAAGAACCUUUGUUUACAUCAAGGAUGCCAUUGAAGCUGUUCUUUUGAUGAUUGAAAAUCCUGGUAGAGCUAAUGGUCAUAUAUUCAACGUGGGUAACCCAAACAAUGAAGUUACAGUCAGACAACUGGCUGAAAUGAUGACUCAGGUAUACUCGAAGGUAAGUGGGGAAGAUUCAAUAAAAACACCCACCAUUGAUGUGAGCUCCAAAGAGUUUUAUGGUGAAGGUUAUGAUGACAGUGACAAAAGAAUCCCAGACAUGACAAUUAUAAACAAACAAUUAGGUUGGAAUCCCAAGACACCAAUUUGGGAGAUGUUGGAAUCGACACUUACAUAUCAGUACAAGACAUAUGCUGAAGCAAUUAAGCAAACCAUUGCAAAACCAGUAGCUAGUUGAAUGUGCUUAUAUGAAAAGGGACUCUUUUUGUUUUUAGGAACUAUACCUAUAUUUUGUUGUGUACCCUGUCAUUAGACUCAUUACAACCAAAAAAUUGAUUUACUUGAACA